UGUGCUUCUGUGUGAGCAGAAGUGAAGGACUGGGGAAAUCCCACAGAUAGGAGAACCAAGAGGAAUACCACUGGAGAUGGGGCAAGUGGCCUCGGGGCUGCUCCCCGGGGCAGACACUGGGGUUCUCAAUCCCCGAGUGCCCACGGGCUCAUUCCCCCCCCCUCCUCCUGUGAGCACAGCCUUGCCUGACCCCAGAGCCCCAGGGAAAUCCUUGCCACGCAUCCCCAUUCCCACCUCCGGGAUGGUCCCUGCGCACCCCAGGGUGAGGGCAGACGCGGCUGCACGGGGCAGCGGUGUUCCCGGUGUGACAGCUCCCACCUUUCCUCCCUCCAGACUAUGCCACGUGCGGGCAGUGAGCACAGCCCGGGCCAUGGCGGGGUCCAGCGAGGCUUUGGCACUGCACAUCCUGCUCUGCUGCCUGUGUGCAGGGGUUGCCAACAUCAGGUGCUCGGGACACGUCUGGAUCGAGCCCGCUCCGGUGGUGCGGAUGGGCACCAACAUCUCCAUCAACUGCAUCUCCACCCUCGGCUGCCCCUGGGCCAAGUUCCGCAUCUUCUUCAACUACAGCCACGCUGAGGGGACCCCAGCCCCCCUCAACAGCAGCAGCGUCCAGCUCCGGCUGCGGGAGUUCCGGAUGCCCUUUGGGAGCGUGACCUGCUUCGCCCGCUGCCCCAACACCAACAUGUACCAGCUCGUGUGCGGCACCACCGUCCUGGCCGGCUACCCCCCGGACCCCCCCAGCAACCUGACCUGCGCCAUCCAGGAGCGCUCGGGACACAUGGCAUGCACAUGGGAUACAGGGCAGACAACCCACCUGCCCACCCAGUACACCCUCCACCUGCGCAGAGUGCGGACAGCAGUGACAGAGGAUGCUAAGGAGGAUGAUGAUGAUGAAGAGGAGGAGAAGGUCUUCCCUGCAGGCUCACUGGUACCAGUGAGCAGCCUGCAUGGUGGGAACCACUACUCAGCAUGGGUGCAGGCCAGCAACAUGCUGGGUGCUGCCCGCUCAGCCCCUCAGCACCUCAACCUGCAGCAGCUCGUGAUCCCCGCUCUGCCCCUGCUCACCGGUGCAGAGACAACAGAGAGCUCAGCUCCCAUCACCACCAUCCACUGGAAGAGGCAGACGCUGCUGGGGAGCGUGCGCUGUGAGGAGCGGCACAAAGCCACGGGCAGCGCGGCGUGGCAAGUGGAGGUGUGGGACAGUACGGCCCAGCAGGGCUCCCGCUCACAGCACAGCCUGCACAGUGACACCCAGUACGUGUUCCAGGUCCGGUGCCGGCUCAGCGCUGCCGACAGCCCCUGGAGCGCCUGGAGCUCCCCCUUCCUCUACACCACCCCCGAGGCAGCCCCCGCGGCAGCUCCCGAUGUCUGGCGGCGCCUGGGCCCGGCGUUCCCGAACGGCAGCCACGAGGUGACGGUCUUGAUCAAGCCCCUGGCACCCCAGGAUGCCCGCGGGAGGAUCCUGGGCUACUCCGUGACCGCCGAGAUCCCUGCGGGACGGGUGCUGCUCUGCAACACCUCCAGCACGGGGUGCAGUGUCCUGGUGCCCCCGGGGGCCCGCACCCUCCGUGUCACCGCUCACAACUCCAAGGGGGCUUCCAGCCCCGCCAACAUCACCCUCACCCAGGGCAGCAGCAGCCUCGAAGAGUUCCCAGCACCAGUGGCUGUGGAGGUCAAGCCUGAGAACCAGAGCAAGGUCCUGGUGGCCUGGCAGCCCCCCAGCCCCAGCAGGAGGCCCCCUCUGUGGUUCAUCGUGGAAUGGGUUUCCACCACCCCAUACAGCCCAAAGGAGCAGUACUUCUGGAAGAAAGUCCCGUACCAGGCAACAUACACAGACAUCCAAGCAGAGGCAGGAGCUGGAGGUCACAUCAAUGUGUCAGUAUACGCAGUCUACCCCGAUGGAGCCAGCAAACCCAGCUCCAGCCAAGUACCUGCAGAAGACCAGCUCCUGGAGAGCACCUACGGCAGCACCUACAGCGAGCUCUCCCAUGAUGAUGACAUUGGACUUUUCCUGGGACUGGGCAUCAGCGUGGUCGUAUUAUCGGUUGUUGUCAUAAUUCUGAUGUUUAAAAAAUCAGCCAGAAAAAGAAUUCAUGCCCUGGUUGUGUCAAUCCUGCCAAAAUGGCUGUUUGAAGACAUUCCCCACAUGGAAAACAGCAACAUGGUGAAGUUGCUCCAGAAAAACAGUGAUUUCCUGAGGAACAGCCUCCAUGAGCCGUUUGUGGACACCAGGGACCCCGCAGUUAUGGAAGUAGAGGAGGUGCCAGCACACGAGGAGUACAAGAACAUAGUCACCAGAAGGAAUCCCAGCAGAGAGAUCCCCAAGGACGGGGAGCUCAAGGAGAGCACGGUGCCUGCUACCGCCAUGCCCUUCGAGCACAUCAGUGACUACAAACCUCAGGUGUCCGAUGGGAACGCGCUGGGAUACGUAGCAGCCAAUAUUUACCAAACACAGCCCCCAGCAUCCCUCCCAGAACCGGAGACAAACCUCUUCUUCAGAGACUACACGAGCCCCUUUCCCCACACGUGGGACGGGGAGGGAGGGGGACACCACGUCUGCCUGCUGGAGCACAUCAACCUCGUCCUGAGCAACAGCCAGAGCGGGCAAAGCCACACGUUCAGCUCAGCGCAGGCGGGAUGUGGCUCCAUCCUGGACAACCAGUGGGGACACGCUGCGGCCGGUGAGGUUCAAGAGCAAAUGCUGGUCCCCGAUGAGCUGCUCUCCUGCCUGCGAGCCACGAAUGGGCAGUCGGUGGAUAUAAACCCCUGCUUUCCACAGAACAUCGGAAGAUUACUUUGAGGGAUGGUGCAGCUCUGUUUAAAAACCCCCAAAGUGAUGAUCAUGGCACAUUUCAGCCUCGGAGACUGCAAACAGCAGUCAUAGAAAGGUUUGGGUUGGAAGGGAGCUUAAAGCUCCUCCAGCUCCAACCCCUGCCACGGGCAGGGACACCUUCCACUAGAGCAGCUUGCUCCAAGGCCCUGUGUCCAACCUGGCCUUGAACACUGCCAGGGAUGAGCCAAAACCUCCAAAUCUGAAAGUCUUGUGGCUGCUGGAAUGUUUUGGCCACUACAUCACAACCUUAAACUUACCUCAUUUUGUCACAAGCAUAAACCCCAUAAAACCUGCAUUCCCAUGGGAAUGGAAACACGAACCGGGUGAUUGCUGCAGGGUGCAAAAUGCUUCGAUUACUAUUCAAAAUCAUUCUCUUGUUAAAUCAUAGAAUAGGUUUGGGUUGGAAUAUUUGGAGUAUUUCAUCCCUGGAACUGAUUGCAGCUCAGAUGGAUAAAACCAUCCCUUAGACAUCCUGAUGGAAACGUGUGGAAUAUCUUGGGAUCACUCCUAAUGAAGCGACACUACACCGAGGAUGAUUUAUAUAUCAUACAGCACACACGGGUACCAAGAACAUGAAAUCUUUUCUUAACUCAAUUUCAUUUUCCUUCCCGUUAACUAAUAAAGAACACAUCAGGUAAGAACAAGCCUCCAUCAUCUGCCAGGCUGAUUUUAAAUCCCUUGGGAUUAGUCACUGGACAGAUUCUCCACUAUGGGCCAGCGAUUUAUGAUCUCACAGCAGCUUGUCAGCACUCCAACCUUGCUGUGUAAAGCAUGAUGUGACACAGUGGAACAGCAUUUAUUAGGCACAUGGCUUUGGAUCUGCUGACACCCUGAAAAUGAAAUACAGGGGUCUUCUUAACCUGUAUACCUAUAACCUAUCUAGAGUUACCCACUUUAUUAAUAUGAAAUCACUUUUUGCAGUGGAACUGCUAUAUCUGAGUAUUAGAAUCUUCCCUUCAAUUUUUGUUAAGCACUCUACGUGUUUCUCUAACUGCUGUUGCCCAAAUGGACUUAUUGUGUUGUCUGCCCCUGGAUACCUUCAAACCAGCGUUGUUGAGCGCGGCGCUUGUUUCCUCCUAACAACCCAAGAGACCUGGUGCUCGCGUUUACAGGGUAGUAGCUACCUGGCAAGGCUUCUUUAGAAGCAGCAAGCCGUUUCCGAGCCAGAGAUGUGACUUUUACAUGUAACUGGGUCUAAAAUUAGUGAGUGCUGCCUGUGCAGGAAGGAAAUCGUAAGAGAACAGCCGCGGGCUGGCGGCAGCUCAGACGUGAGGUGGGGAAGGUAUUUUUUCUAUGUCCACAUCCUGAGGCUCGCGCUGCCUCUGUCAUCUCAACUGCCAAACCCUGCGGGUGAAAAUGCUCCUCUGGGCACUAGAGCAGCUUGCUCCAAGCCCCUGUGUCCAACCUGGCCUUGAACACUGCCAGGGAUGGGGCAGCCACAGCUUCUCUGGGCACCCUGUGCCAGCGCCUCAGCACCCUCCCAGGGAAGAGCUUCUGCCUAAGAGCUCAUCUCAGUCUCCCCUCGGGCAGGUUAAAGCCAUUCCCCUUGGCCUGGCCCUACAGGCCCUUGCAAAUUCCAACAUACAAUACAUCUCCCCCUCUCCCUCCAUUCUAACCCGUUUGGACAGUGCUUGUAUCUGGUUGCAUCUUUCAAACCCAUCUGGCAGUGGGGUAAAUGAUCUGACAGGGUGGUUGGAACUUAAUGGGCUUUAAGGUCCCUUCUAACCUGAACCACCCAAUGAUUCUAUGAUACCCGUGAUGCUCACCUCUGGUCAUGAAUGCAUUGGUGAGUAAAUUGACAGCAGGAAUUUUGGUAACAAUCCAAUAUCCCUUCAUGUCUUCACUUCCAGAUUUUUACUUGUCAGACCUAUUUGUUUGCUCUGCUGUUUGUCCUCACCUUCUUUGCCUUUGGAAAGCAUUUUGUAUCCCUCUUGUGUCUUCUUUCCACCAAGUGCAGUAUUUAGGGGUGCAAAACCAGCAUCCUGAGUGGCGGGGAUUGAACUAUUGGUGAGCAAGUCCAACAGCGAGAUCCUCAUAGUGAGCAACCCAUGGAUAUAUGGAUGGCCUGGUGCUUCGAGUCAAAUCAAGAUAUUGCUCUCAGUACAUCCAUUUUAACACCGCAGGGUUUACUCCCUCCCUCCCUCAAAUAUUACAUGCUCAGUCUUGAUGUGAACCUUUUCCUAGGUUUGGUUGUCUUGUUGGUGGCCGUAUCUCGUGCUAGGUGAUUUCCACAGAUUAUUUAUCACUUUGCAAUGAAUUUUGUGGGUUGUUCAGCUUCAUUGCAACAUGGGGUUAUGCACGUUGGAGGCACAUAAAGGAAGUAUAUGCUGAGUAAUGUCUCUACCCACAGAGAGCACCAACAAGUGUUGAUCUCUGAUGCAACCUUCACCCAACCUGCACGAGAUUGCAAAGUCAUCUGUGUUAUCUGCAUGGCAUUAUUUUAUGACAGGACAUUUUCUUUCUGUGCUGAAUGAGUAACACAGAGAAAGCAGCUGCUGUCGAAGCUGUAGAUGGACCUUUUUAUAUAAAUGGAAGGAGAGAACAAAUGAAUAAGAGAUGGGUGUAGUCUCUUCAGAGCUUCAGCAGGCUCAGAGCAGCAGAGCCAUCCACUGCCUGCUCUUAUCUCCAUCCCAUCACACUAAAGGGUGUAUCAAGUGUGAGCUUGUGAACUCGUUGGGGCACAAGCCCUGAGCUCAGCACUAGGAGUUACCAACAGCACUGGUGCAGAUCAGCCAGAGACACUCCCUUUGGCACUUGUUCAUCGCCCUUCUUCAAACAGCAUGCUUGAAAAUUAGUUAAAUUAAAUGCAUAAUGAAGAAACAACAAAUAAACUUUGUGCAGAGUAAUGUAGGCAUUAAAUGUAUGGAAUCAUGGAAUCCC